CCUCGCGCCGCGUUCCGUAUCACCCAGUCGGCGUCGUGUCGUGUUGUCGCUUAACAUUUGAUUCUUAUAUUUAAUAAAUACAUUAUUGCUUGCGCUUAGGUUUGUUUUACUUCUUAACUGCGUACGUGUGUUUUCGCACACACACACACACACAUACGCACGGCGCAUUUUUUGCACGUUUUGCCUUUUGACGCCGUUCGUGUCGCCAAGCGUUGGUGUGGAAAAAGCGCGCGCGCCAAUUUGUGGAAAAAAAAAACUUUUUGAAAAUUAAAGACGGAAAAGAAGGAGAGCACACAACGGAAUUUCAAUAUUUAACUACCAGCAUAAAACAAACUUAUCGUAUCAACAGUUGUCAUCGCCGUAAAAGUAACACUUCUAAGAAUAUUCAUAUUUAAAGUGUACCAGUGCUUUUGAAGUCGAAGGCUUCCAUUACAACAGCGCAGACAAGUAGACGCAAUCCAAUAGAGGGACGCGGCACACGACACACGCACGAGUUUGUCCCAUAGCGGUAACGAAACAACAGCAACAGCAGCUGCAGUAACAAAAUCCGCCGAGCUAACACCGGCAGAAGAGACAACGACGACGAAUCAGCAGCGAGCGAAGAACUGAAAUCAUGGCAAAUCCGCGCAAAUUUAGUGAGAAAAUCGCAUUACAGAAGCAGCGCCAGCAAGAGGGCACCGCUGAGUUCGAGCGUAUUAUGAAAGAGGUUUACGCAACUAAAAUGGAUGAGACUCAAGCGAAUCAGAAGAUAUUGGAAUGCUGUUUGGUAAAUACUGACGUCGGCAGCAAUCACGCCACAAAUGCCAGUUUGGUAAGUGGCGCUGGUAUAGGAGGAGGCGGCAGUGGCGGCGGAGGUGGAGGAGGCGUUGUGGGUAACACUGCGGACGGCGGUGGUGCCGGCAAUAGCGGCGGCGCAACAAAUACCACCAACAGCGGCAGUGGUGGAGCCUCUCCGGACGGCACACAUAAUAGCAAUUCGCGUGAGUCACGGGGUCGCAGCGUCGGCGUCGGACCGAUGCGACGUCCCUCCGAGCGCAAACAAGAUCGUUCGCCAUAUGGCAGCAGUGCUGCCGUCGCAACCGGCAUGAAUGCGGGCAUGAGCAACAACGCAUAUCUUAGUCCGCCGAUGGAUAGCAGUUGGCGGCGCUCCAACUCUGACUCGGCACUUCAUCAAACGCUGAAUAUGGCAGUAGCGGCAGAGGGCGGUUUCGGGCCGGGUGGUGGCAUGGGCGGUAUGGGGGAUAUGAAUGCGCUGCACGCCAAUUACCAGCACCACAAUCAACGAUCUCAUUCGCCAAAUAUUGGCCGCAGCUUCAGUCCACAAGCACAAAGACGGAAAGGUCAGAUGCUACAUCAGCAGCAACAGCAGCAGCAGCAGCAACAACACCUGCACCACAGUCAACAGCAUCUGCACUUGCAGCAGCAACAUCAACAGUUGCAGCAACACUUUCAGCAGCAGCAGCAACAACAGCAUAUGCAUCAACAACAAGCACAACAGCAACAUGUCCAGCAGCACCAUGCACAACAGCCAGCGAGUAGCGUUAGCCAACAGCAACAUCCGCAACAAUUCAAUGCCAAAUAUACUAACUGCAAUAUGCCAAUAAAUAGUCUAUUCAAAUCGCUGCAAGAGCAAACACUGGCGCUCGCCAAUACCGGUUCGUUGCCGGACCUAACGUCAUUGCAUUACUCGCCCGCACAACAACAACUAAUGCACCAGCAGCAGCAACAACAGCAAACGCUCUCGCCCAUCCUGUCACCGCACAACAAUGGCCGCGAGCGCGAUCAGUCCUCAAGUCCCUUCAGUCCGGCUGGUGGCAAUGGCAAUGGCAUAGGCGGUGGUCCACCGUCGCCUUAUCAGCAGCAACAGCACUCGCCCACGUCAGCCGCCAACACACCUACAGCAGCGCAAACAUCGCCGCAUUUAUCAUUCACAAAUCUCGCCGUUCAGUCACCAACCGGCAACGGCUCCAAUACACAAAAUACCGCACAAACCGGUACAUUCACCAACCUGCCUACCCUGGGCGCCGCCAGUUCGACGGGCAAUCUUACCGAAUAUCGGCAGCCAUUGAAUCCACCCAGUCCAGGCUCCUCACCCGGUCUGCUAACGUCCGUCUCGAGCAAUGAUGUGGUACACAUCAGCGCGCCAGCCAGUCCAAUUCGGCAUCCGCAGGCCGGCAUGAUCGGAUCCAGUAUGCAGGCCUAUAAUGAAAAGAACAUGCAGGCCUUCGAUCGCUACUCACCUGCAAUAGCUGGAGCUGCGCCAGAAAAUACUGGCUUCAACAGUCUCAACUCCUCGUUCCAUAAUCACUUUGAGCAGUUCACGCUAGGCGACAGCAAUUCCUCUCCUGAGCAGCAGCAGCAGUUGCAGCAACACUUUCAGCAGCAGCGCCAGCAACAGCAGCAACAGAAUAGCUUUACCACAUUAGAUUUCGAUGUCUUCGGCAAUGGAUCGCCUUAUUCACAGCCCCUAACACAGAGCAAACAAUUGGACUUUAGCGAUCUGACGGGCGAGUCCGGCUCAGCGGUGACGGCAACGACGCAAAGUAGUAGAGGUGGCUCGUGUAACACCAACAACAGCGGCAACACCAGCAAUAACAACAACACACACCAAGGUACACGCAUACUCACACAUCAAAUGCUGAAUAACAAUGGUGCCGGGGCUGGCAGCAACGCGAAUAGUAACGCCACAACAAACGGUCCCUGUCGCAUCAGCAACAACAAUGUGAAUCUGACGCAAGCGAAUGAAGUGAACUCUUCACCCAUACCCUCACCGUUGGGCUGCCUGCCGUCACCGUCUUCACCCUUACCGAUUCCUAUAAAUGCGCAAUCGCCGCAUCAUCAGCACCAACAAUUGUCGCUGUCGCUGCACUCGCAUUCAGCACAACCAUCACCGCACCAUUCGCCCCUGCAUUCGCCGCACCAUGCCUCCCCACUGUCAUCCUCCUCGCCGGGCAUAACAACGCUGACGGGUGGAGUCUCGACUGCGCCACAUGUUGGUGGCAACGGCACAAAUAAUGCAUCCACGCUUCACAACCAACAUCAGCAGACGACGCAACACCACCAGCAACAACAUCAUCAACACCACCACCAUCAACAGCAUCAUCAUCACCAUGCACAGAACCACGCUAAUACGCCAACCAACACCAAUAUACCGGCAAUCAUCUUCUCCGACUAUUCGUCGCGUGAGAUCUUCGACUCGCUCGAUCUGGAUUUGAGUCAAAUGGACGAGACUGCGCUAGAUCUGCUAGCGGAUCAGAACUCGAUCAUGAUUGCCGAUCCAAGCAUCGAGGAUAGUUUUCGCAAAGACCUUAACUGAUACUAUGAGGAAGCUGUUGCGGCUAUUGAGAGCGGCGUACUGCUCGACGACUCCUUCGAUCCGCUGGGGCCCAUAGUCGACGUCACUGAGGUACUGGGCAAUCCGCUGGCGGAUACAACAAAGUGCAAAACAGAGGACGACACAACCGACACAGCCACAAAUACAGCAACUGCUACGACAGCAACGGCAACAGCGACCACCGACGAGGACGCAAGCAACACUCUACCCAUCACACUCAACAUAAGCGGCCAAGAGAAUGUCGAAGACGACCUGAACAAUGUCGACGACAACAUAAGUAUCGGUCUCGGUAUCGGUAUUGGCUUGGGCAUAGACGGCGGCAGCGUUGAGAACAAUGGUGAUGUGGAGGAUUUCUUCUUCUAAAUUACGCUAGUUUGAGCGACGGUGGCUCGUCACGAAGGUGGGCAGGGGCGCCGACUAACACAACUGUUUUCAGCGUCUUUCGCAUGAAAUGACGCCGUCAGCGGUUGGCUGGAAUGACGCACACAGUUAAACACAAAACACGCUCAAGCCUACAUACAAGCAGCCAUACAUAGAAAUAUUUAUGUAGCCAGCAGUAUGUUUGUACGAGUUGGAUCUGAAGUACACGCGCAAGCAACAGUGGUAGCAACAGCUUUUAAAUCUCUAACCAGUAGUUAGGACUCUUAAAUGAAAUAUACAAACGUAAAUACCUAAAAAAAAUAUAUAUAUAUAUACAUAUACAUACAAACAAAGAAUGUUUACAUACAUAUGUAAAGUAACAGUUAUAUUGGUUGCGGAGCAUUUGUUGAAGACAAAGCAAGUGCAAAUUGAGUUGUAGACAAAAUUGAGUUACAUAAUUCUAUUUGCUUAGCUGGAGUGGUUGCUUUUUAAAGUUGAAAGUUAAAGUGGCUUAAGAAGUAGCGCAGACGGUCUACGUUUGAUUGCGUGUUACACAUUUAUCGCUCCUAAUGGGCUUUUAUGCUCACUUAACGGUUUUAUUAAAUUAUUACUUCAAACAUUUUAACAUAAAGAUAGCAGCAGUUGGCAUUUUGGCGUUUUCGAAUCAAAAGUGUUUUCCUUUCUUUCUCACCUAUUAAAAGCGCUUAAAUCGAGUUCAACGAAAACUGUGAGAUCGCUGUUGGUUUGUGACUACUUCGGACUAGCUGGAAAAUAACUGCUGAAUCGUUCAGAUCAUUUCAGGUCACCAACAAGCCUAAUGUUUUUUGGAUACUGCAGUCCAGAUCACCGUUCAAAGUUGAUUUCAAAGUAGUUAGGGGCCUGCAGCAACAUUUCAUAAUAUAUUUUUCAAAAAUUUUGUGAGAGUUCUUAGUUUUAAUUGCCGCUCAAAUCCAAUUUACAUAAAAGUCAACAUAUUCCAAAGCUUUCACAACUGUCACUUAGCUAGUCAAAGCUAACAACUGUUAUAAUUUAUAGACUAAAUUAGUUGCAUUCGAAUUCUCUUUAGCGUUGACGCUUGACAUGUGACACGUCAGUUGUGUUUGCUGUCAACUUGAAGCUUUUACUAGCAAAUGGGUAUGAGGUUGAGGUGAUAGAAAAUUAAACAAGUUCGUGAAUUCGAAUAAGUGCUUUGAAGGGUUGCGCGCAUAGAAACAAACAUUUUUCGUUUACUUCAUCUCUCAAUAUUUCGCGGCAAUUUUCCAAAUAGAGGUAUGGAUAACAUAAUGGCACGCGUAUUGGCGUAAAUAUCUGCAACAAAAGAGUUUAUUACAUCUUUCGUCACUAAGUAAUAAAAACGUACUGAUUGGGUCUAAAUUUCUUAUUAAAUUAGUCAAAGUCUAAAACACAGAGAACUGCGGGACAGUUUGCAUGAUUGCAACAAUAAAAACACAAGAGUAAAGCCAGCGUAUUGAAAAAAACAAUAUUUUGAAGCUAAUUCUCAAAAAUAUUUUUAUAGUGUAUUCAAAGAAUGCGCCCAAUAUACGCUCAGAUUCGAAGAGAGAACAAAAAUCUAUAUUUAUAAAUCUCUAGAGCCAGCGACAUCAACGAAAAUAUUUUGAAGUCAGCUCUUAAAGAUCGCUCUAAAUUAUCUUAAUACAAAGCACCCAAUUGACGCUCAACACCAAGCACUCGGUUUUACCACAAUUAUUAUAAUUUUUGUUGUUUUGUUGUAAGUAAACGUCAAUCAAAGCGGAAAUUGUCCAGCGCACACGCAUCCUUGCAGGCUCGCCAAGCAGCCGCACAUAACCACCAAAACAAAUUUACAUGAAUUAACAGUACUUACAUGGCUAGUAUGCGUAUAGUGUUCUCAUGUGCAAGUGUAUGUGUGUGCUCCGGCUGCAGGAUGUUGCAAAUGCGUUCGAGCACAACAAUUGGCUGUCAUACACGCGCGCCGUGACAGCUGACAACGGGCGAUGGGGAAGUAAGGAAGCAUAGGCACAUGAAAGAAACCGGAAACUCAAUUAGUCGUGCAACUCAAUUCGACCGCUCACUCGUCCGGAUGCUCCCGACAAGCUCCCUUAAGUGUAGUUUAUGUAAUAAAUAAUAAUAUUUUGUUCUGUGCCGAUUUACGUUUCCAUUUUACUUUUACGACUGCAGACGCCUGCUGAGGGCAAUACAAACACACGACGCUUAUGGUGUACACUUCCUUUCACACACACACACAAUACAAUAAAAUAUAUCGUUGUACACUUACGAUUACAAAUAAUUGUCAUUUAUCUUCUAGAUUUAAUUUCGUUUUUCUACUUUUCAUUUUCGUGCGUGUAAGCAAUGCAAGCGUAGUGCGUAAGUGUUUUUGUUUGACUAGAAAUUCACUUAAAGUGUCAAAGUUUAAGUAUUUCCGAAUAUGCAACAACAAAAAGCAUUAAACGCAAGAGAGUUUAAGUAAAUAUUGCACAAUAUUUUUGAAUUAAUCAAUUGCUUACAAGUGUAAUUGCUAAAUAACGGUGAAUUGUGGCAUGAAUGAAUGUGUGAAAUUAACUGUACUGGAGGAAUAAGUGAAAAGCGGAAAAUGCGAAAGUAAAUAUCAAUAAGUCUAACCUCAAAAGCGGUUAAAACAAAAUAAAAUAUGUAUCUGACAGACAACAACAAUUCAUAUACAGCAUACCCAAGUAUCAAAAAGUGUACAUAUAAAUAUAUAUAUAGCGUAAAAAUCAGAUCAGAACUUACAAUAUUUACCAAAUAUCACGAAAAAAUCAAUUUAAGACUCUCGCCGUUGAGCAAAUAACCCAAAAAAAGAAAUCCAGCACUUACAAAAACAAUAAUUAUUAGUAAAUAUGUAAAAAUAUGCCCUCUACUAUACACACACACAUAUUGAUGAGUAUAAAUUUCGAAUCGGUGCACAAUUCUAAUUGCAUAAUUACAAUAAUUGAAGUCAUUUAAUUAAAGCAUGUUUAUUGUGCCUAUCUACUACUCUGCUCCCCGCUUCUCCGCGCUCAAUUAUACAUAUGUAUGUAUUUCAACUAAAAAUGCAGCAACAAAAAGUAAUUACCAACAAGUAAUAGGAAAUAACUGUGAGUUGGCGUUUAGCGCCAAAGCUUUUCGUUUUAACUACACUUAAUUAAGAAGAGGAAGAAGAAGAAGAAGAAAAAAUAAAAAUAAAAUGAAACUUACGGAGUUUAUAUUUAAAGCAAAAGACGUUAAACUUCGUACCCAAAUCGCGCAAAUACACACAUACUUGCAUAGAUGUAUACACUCACACACAUACAUACGGGAAUCUUUGUUAAGCAUACUAAAUAUAUAGUCUAACAUGUCGUUGCAAACAAUGAAAUAAUUACUUUUUGCAAAAAUUGUUCGUAUUUCACAAAUGUCAUAUACAGUGCACGCGUAAGUGUUAGGUCAGUAAUUUUCCUAAGUCACACACACACACGCACACACAUGUACAGCGUGAAUUCACUCAAAUAACUUUGUAGUGAAGUAUUUUUGUUGCAAUUUUCGAUAUUUUUUUCGUUUGUUCUUCUAUAAACUAGUUAAUAUACUACUUAAUACAGUGUAAUUCAAAAUGUAUAUGCAGUAAUAGGUUUAAAAAGCUAAUUUUUAGAAAAUGUAAUUUUUAAGCAUAUUUGACUACUUUACUAAAGUUUGAACAACAUUUGACAGCGCGAACAUUUUUUUAUUGUUUUUGUAAAAUUGCUAUUUUUUGAAUCGAACCAAGUUGACAUUGUGAAAAAAUUUUGUAAAUUUCAUUUUAUUGAUAAAUUUUUCUUUGUAAAAUUUCACCUUCCUUAAAUUGAAAUUAUUUCGCAAAUAUUAUUUUUUAAUACUCACAUUUUAAUUGAAUUCAGAUUGUUAAUUGUUUAAUGAUAAAAAUAGCCAUACUUUGACACUCGUCGAUUAUACUGUGACAGCUGUCAUAGUAGUUUUUUUAUAACAAUUUUUAUUAUAAAAAAAUUUAAUUUCACACUAAAAUAUUACAGCAAAUUUUUCAAAUUUCACUCCAAAAAAUGCAAAAAUUAUUUUUUGAACGUUCUAGUCCUAUGUAAUGUAUAAUAAUACAAUAUAAUAAAAGUACAUAUAAAAAAUAUAAAAAAUAAAGGCACAAAUUUUGCGGAAAAUAAUACGGCAAAAAGGUUUUUUUUUAAGUGUCAUAUAUAUAUUUAAGCUAGUCCUAAAACCAGUUUUCUACGUAUAAUGGUGAGUUUUACUAAGUUUGGUUUAUUUUUGGGUCGAAAUUCCUUAUUAUGGCCCACUGUUCCCUUAAAAUUUUAUGCGAACAUUUUUUAUUAUGGCCCACUGUGCCUUUAAAUUUUUAUGCUAAAAAUGUUUAUUUCUAUCACUAUAUGUGACCUGGUCUACGAAAAGGGAGCUAACGUGCGAAAACUAGUUUUCUGGGAAGCAGCUGUUAAAAAUAAACAACUCGUUUCGUCAGUUUCUCGUUAUCUCAUUAAUUUUGACACCUAAGCCCCCUUUCCGUAGACCAGGUCACAUAUAUAUUUAUAUAUUCACUUUUUUUGGAGGAAAUUCUUUAUUAAGACACACUUUGCUUUUUUAUUUUGAGUUUUUUAUUGCAUUUCUUUUAUUAUAUAUACUUGUAUUUACUGCUGGCAUAUGUUGUCCAAACCUUAGCUUGCACCCAAUUUCUCUAAGUAAAAUGUAAGAAAAAAUUUAAAAAAAAUCAAAAAAAAAUAAAA